CCCAUUCCUCAAGAAGCUUGCAUGCAAAGUAAGCUUACACUCAUCAUCUGUUGAGGACAGACUGAGUAGGAUAAAGAGAUGAGCUUUUUAUGAGUACAAGGUACAGGGAGGAGGGAAAGAGAGAGAAAAGAGCAAGGAAAUUGCCUAGAAAAGAAGAGGGGAGAGGAAGAGGAAGAAGAUGAUGGGAAACAACCAAAAGGGCGUGUUUGGGGGUGAAGUUAAAUUAAAUAGGAUGGGAAAGUUUCCAAGCGUGUGCAUGUCUGAUUGUUCUGAGCUUUUUCACGUGCGGUCAACUUUGGAAUGGAGGAAUCCUUAUUCGCUUUUUGGCAUCCAAUGUGAACACAUGGAUGAUAUGAAAAAUUUUAGAUAUAGAAUAUGGGUAGAAAUGUAGAAUAAUAUUUUCUAGAGGGAUUUUAAUAAAAAGAGAAAAGAUUUUCAGUAAUUUCUACGUAUAUACAUAAUCUGUACUGAAUGCGUAGGGAGGGGGCCAAUGGGAGUAUGACACGUGUAAAACGAGCUAAGCGUAGUUGACACGCUAACAAACGACGCGCUUUGCGUUGCGACCUCUCACGCUACCUUUAUAAUGCUUUUCUCGCAUUUUCUUCCCAUCCAAACAUUAUUUCUUUUAUAUCUGCCCGAAGCGUUCUCUUUUUUGUCUCUCUGAUUUGCGUCAAAUUUCUUCGUUCAAUUCAAUUCUACGGUGUUUCUAACCGGCUGACAUCUCUAUACGAUGUCGUAUUGGUGCUAUAGUUGCAAUCGGUUCGUUAGGGUUUGGAGUCACGAUGCAAUCGUCUGUCCCGAUUGCGAUGGGGGUUUUCUGGAGGAGAUCGAGGAACAGCCUCGGCGCCCCCACAGGUUUCCUGCGGCUGCGAUGUACAUGAUUGAGAAUCGGCCCAAUUCGGCUCAGAAUUCCCAUUCGGCGGUCCGGCGCAUCCGGAGGGGCCGUGGUGACCGGUCGCCGUUCAAUCCGGUCAUCGUUAUGAGGGGAACAGCUGAUGAGGGUGGCGGCGAGGGUGGAGAUAGAGGUGCGUUUGAUCUUUACUACGACGACGGUGGCGGUUCGGGGCUUAGGCCGUUGCCGGCCAGUGUGUCGGAGUUUUUGCUGGGAUCGGGUUUUGACCGGCUUCUCGAACAGCUUUCGCAGAUGGAAAUCAACGGAAUUGGGCGGUACGAGCAACCUCCGGCGUCGAAGGCGGCGAUUGAGGCGAUGCCCACAAUUGAGAUCGCGGAUGCUCAUGUAAACACAGAACAUCACUGUGCUGUAUGCAAAGAACCCUUCGAAUUGGGCGCCGAAGCUCGCGAAAUGCCUUGUAAGCACAUAUAUCACUCCGAUUGCAUCCUACCAUGGCUCUCCCUCCGCAACUCUUGUCCCGUUUGCCGACACGAAUUGCCCUCCGAAGAGCGAAACUCGCCGGAAUCCAACGAGCAAACCCCCGAGGAAACCGUGGGUUUGACGAUAUGGAGGCUUCCGGGUGGUGGGUUUGCUGUAGGGAGGUUUUCGGGAGGCAGAAGAGGCGGCGAGCGAGAGCUUCCGGUAGUUUAUACAGAAAUGGACGGUGGGUUUAACAAUGGCGGUGCUCCGAGAAGAAUUUCGUGGACGUCGCGAACGAAUAGGAAUCAAGAGAGGGGCGGAUUGGGACGGAUGUUUCGGAAUCUGUUGGCUUGCUUUGGGGGGCAUGGAUCGUCCUCUUCUAGUUCGAGCUCAGAAUCUGGAAGUAGACGUAGGAGCAGUAGUUCCUUGUUAACUUUGGGUUCAUCUUCACGGAAUCGUAGAGCGUGGGCCCUUGAAGUUAACAGUGGAAUUAGGAGAUGGUGAUGUUGGAAGGAACGCAAAUCUUUUUCCUUCAGUAUUCAGAGAUUGAAGACAUGGUUAUUGGGUCAUUGUGCUGUACAUAUAGAAAGCCAUGAAAUGAAGGGUAGGGUCUGAAGAAAAAGAAGAAAAAAAACCCAACUAUGAAUUUGGAGUUGGAUUCUGGAUAGUAUACACAACCCUCAUGUACCAGAAUACCUUCUCUAGUUUCAUGGAUUGAAUUAAACUACCUGCACUCCUUUCUUUCAUCAUUUCCAAUUAGCAGUUUUAGCUCCAGUCUGUUGUCUUCAAGUUCAGUCAUUUUUUUUUCAGAAAUUUAUAAAAUAUCUAUAUAUAAUAAUGAUUCUACAGAA